AUGGUUGUCAACGAUCCUAUGCUGUUUGAGACCAUGAUUGCAUUCUCAAAGGUAUCCUUACGCUACUACGUGGCACCAUCACAAAGACUAACAGCUGAUAUCCGCUCGCAUAUUGCCAAAGUGUUGACCCAGCUCGGGUCACGCUUAGCGACGCACGAUGCACAAUCUCCAGAGGCUCUGAUGCUCACGGUUUACUACCUGUUUGUUCUUUACCAGGCAGCGGGCGAUUUCGAAGGCUGUGCAAUCCACUUCCGUGGCCUGCAACAACUUCGAGGCAAUAAAUCGAAUGUUGCACGUUGUAGCACGAACGAUGUUGUCUGUACCAGUAUCGCAAGUGCGGAGCUAUACAGCAGGUAUAUGGCUAGUGAGAGAUGUCCGCUCAACCACAACACUACCAACACAAUAAGCGAUAUUGCAAGACCAUUAACCUAUAAGCCUUCCACCACGUCUGGUGUGCCUCCGUCUUUUAUCGGCCUUACCACGAGUGGUGUAUUGAGCAGCCGAGGAGUUCGAUUUCUUUCGAAUCUGGAACUCUUUCUGGGCCAACCCUAUAUGUCUAACGCAAAGAACAGAAUGAUAGUAAUUCUUGCAUUGGAAAUGAUAGAGGCCAUGCGACAGUCCGAUCGUCGUAUCUGUGCUUCAAAGACGUAA